UAUACUUGGGACGAAAGAAUAUACUAUAUACGGAGGGGCGUAUAGACUCUUAGAUCCAAAAGACUGGAUACCUAUUACACUAAAGGAAACCAACCGAGACAUAUGAAGACCCAACAUAGCAUCCGAGGUAGUCAUAGCAACGGAUGCGCUACAGAUCCCGCCAAAGAAGGCUUUGAACCAAGAGGCUACUGUCACGAUCCUGCCUCCGGGGUCAACCGUCUGGCAGGGCGCUGGGGUUGCUGUUCUGCAGAUAGGUAAAGCCUGCGCAAGAUCAACUAACACUCUGCUGUCGUUCUCUCUCU